AGGAAGUGAGCAGCUGUGCUCAAUUUUUUUUUAAGAUUUACACGCGAUUUUUAUCUUUGGAGUGACAUCACGGCCGGCUAUGCCAACAGAUGGCUGCUCUGAGGAGCCUCAUUGGGGCGGCGGUGGCGGCUUUGGGUUCGGUUCUGUUCAUCGCUUGGAGCCGUUUCUUCCCAGUCCAGAGGAGAAGGAGGCGGUACCUGGAAUGCAGCCCAGCCACAGAGCAGGUGAAGUAUUUGGAUAGGCAGAUAUUAGUACUGGGUUUGGAUGGAGCUGGCAAAAGCAGCAUUAUUCAUGCCCUUAGCACAGAUACCACAAGGUCCAGUUCUGCACCAACUCAUGGAUUUAACUCUGCUCAGAUUCUCCACCAAGGACUGCGGAUUGAAUUAUUAGAAGUUGGAGGCAGCCACAAUCUUCGGACGUACUGGAAGCAAUAUCUGAAGAAUGCCCACAUUAUAGUCUUUGUAGUGGACUCGACAGACAGCAGGCGCAUCCACCUUGCUAGGCAAGAACUGCACCAGCUUCUUCAUGAAGAGCCAGAUCUUCCUCUUAUGGUUCUGGCAAAUAAGCAGGAUCGGACAACUGCACUCUGCCUCCCUGAAAUCCACUCAGAACUGUCACUUCACCGGAUUACUAGCGAAAGGGAGGUGACCUUGCUGGGAACUAGUGCAAUAUCAGAUGGAGCUGCCCACAGCACCAGACUACAGACUGUAAAGACAUUGUUAGAGGAAAGACUACAGAGUCUUAAAGGGACAGCACAAAAUGGUUCUAAUCAUCCUCAAACCACCCAGUGCCACACAUCCCUUCAAAGGGAUGGUUGAUACGAGUGCCUUAUGGACAUCUACAUAUGUUUACAGUGACAUUUUUACUGAUCAGGCUUUCUGGAGAUCUAUUCUUGUUGCAGCACUGACAAAUACAUGAUUUGUAAGAAGAUGGUCUGACAAACUGUGUGCCAAAAAGAUGGACACUUAGCGGAAUAGUUUACACUCAGUGUGUGCUGGUCCACACAUGCCUUCAGGGUUCUAGUUAUAAAUUAAUCAGUACUGUUAAGAAAAUAAAGCUAUAAAUGAUGAGGAAGAGAAAUGUGUUAAAAUGAUAUAUAAUAAAAUGAGUUGGUGCUAA